AUGGUCUCGUCACGCAAACGGAACAUUGAAGAAAUCGACGUUGUAGAACGAGAGGAACCAACCCUACUCCAUCGCAUUCGCAGCCAAUGGCAAUUUGCCAACCUGUGUCAAUGGAUCUUUCUUUUCGGGAAGGUCGUUAAGAUUGACGACAGUCUGGACACCGAAGAUAUCGAAACCGAAUGCCUCAAGCCAAACGCUCCCGUGCUCCAGGACAUUGGCCUGGCUCUUCUCAAGUUCAUAUCGUCGCACAGAGGCUUGACGCACGAAUUGUUCGACGAGUACACCAGAAGGCAAUAUUUAGCUAGAGCGCCCGAAAAGAAUCCGUUUGGUUCCGAUGGGGUUGCUGCAAAAUUCGCUGACUUUGACAUUCAGAUUCUCCAACAAAUGACACAAUGGAUUAUGCUGCGUCCCGAACGCGUAAGGGAGAAGAUGGAGGAACAGAAGGAUGUUGACCAGGCCAGCUGGCGGAUAGAACCCCUGGGUUGGGAUAGGGAUGACCGCACCUACUUUGUCCUCGAUGACAAUAGGGUAUACCGCCUCACCGAUGCUCCACCAAGACAAGUAACACCGAAGAAGAAGUCCAAGCCGACCAAGUACGGCUCUCGGUCUAACAAGAGGCGCCGCGUCUCUGCAGCAGAGGCUGCCGAUGAACCGGAUCAAACCCCAAAAGAAUCCACGGAAGCGCCUUCGCCUACUCGCGAGGACGACGGUCUCGGUGGCAUGAAGUGGGAAUGUGUUGCUGUGACCCUAGAAGAGGUCCAAGGGCUUAUCGCCUCUUUUCACAAGACCAAGGACGACAACGAGAAGAUACUGCGAGACUCUCUGCGAGACCACUUGCUGCCCAUUUUGGAGAAGCAAGAAGAGUCGAGGAAACGCAAAGAGCAACAACGCGAGAAGGAGCUUCUUAAUUUGGCGAAAAUGGCGAAUGCCAAACGAUCAAGCAGGAUCGCUGGCAAAGUUGAACAACAGAAGCAAGAGGAGAAGGCCAAGGAGGAGGCCCAAGUGGUCCAGGCUCAACAAGUUGCUGCAAGAAAAGAGGAGCAACAACGGCUCAAACUCGAAAAAGAGCGAGAUUCGAGGCUGUUGUCCCGUGAAAAGCGCCUGAAAGAGCGGGAAGCCCGGCGCUCACAGCACGAAAGGGAACUCUCUCAGCUUUCGGAAGACAACCGCAGUGGUUCAGGUCGCGUAUCUGAACGUCGACUGCAGGCUGAGAUAGAGAAGAACAAGCGUGCGCUUCAGGAGCUCGAUGACGAAGACGAAGAGGAUGACUGGAUCUUCGACUGCAUUUGUGGCGUUUAUGGCCAGGCAUAA